AUGACAUUUUUUCAGUUCCGGUCCCGGUGUCGGUCUUCAUCAGGACCGAUCGAUUCGUUAUUCAUUCCAUUCGAUGAUGAGGAAAAGGAAAAAGACUUUUGGGUUUUAGAUCACAAGUAUUUGGAAAAUAUGUACACUAUGUUUCGAAAAGUAAACGCACGUGAGCGUAUCGUUGGAUCGUAUCAUACUGGUCCGAAAUUACAUCGUAACGACAUUUCUAUCAACGAACUAAUACUCGUUUAUAAUCCAGAUUCUAUAUUUGUUAUUAUUGAUGCUAAACCAAAAGAUCUUGGCUUACCGACAGAAGCAUAUAUUGCCGUAGAAGAAAUUCACGAUGAUGGUAGUCCAGCCUCAAAAACAUUUGAACAUUUGCCAUCAGAAAUUGGCGCUGAAAGGGCAGAAGCAGUCGGAGUUGAACAUCUUCUACGUGAUAUUCGUAAUGCAACAGCUGGAACAUUAUCCCAACGUAUUACGAAUCAGUUAAUGGGUUUAAAAGGUCUAAUGAAAAAUCUAAACGAUGUUCGAAAUUAUUUAGAUAAAUUAUUAACAAAUAAAUUACCAAUAAAUCAUCAGAUAUUAUCACAUAUUCAAGAUAUGUUCAAUUUAUUAUCUGAUAUAAAUCAACAAGAUUUAACUAAAUCAAUUUAUGCUGAAACAAAUGAUGAAACGUUACUAGUUUAUCUUUCAUCAUUAAUACGUUCCAUUAUUGCAUUACAUAAUUUAAUUAUGAAUAAAAUACAAAAUAGUGAUACUGAAAAAUCCGAUAAUGCAUCAGUUACAGGUAUGACUGGAACAAGUGCAGGUAUAUCACAAAGUGAUAAAAAAAAUGAAAAAGGUGCUAGUGAUAAAACAACAUCAAAUAAUAGUACGAAUAAUAAUGCUAGUUAA